CGAUCGCGACACGCGCGCGACGAGAGCUCCAUUCCAGCACCAAACUUCCUGAGCCUCAUCAUGUUGUGCGCAAUCUCCGGCGAGGCGCCGCAAGAGCCGGUGGCCAGUCGCAAGAGUGGCAAUGUCUUCGAAAAGCGCUUGAUCCAGGCUUACAUCUCCGAGCAUGGUACCGAUCCCGUCAAUGGCGAAGAGCUCUCCGUGGACGACCUCGUGGACCUCAAACAAUCGCGCACCGUUAAGCCUCGACCUCCAACCCUCACUUCGAUUCCGGCACUCCUCUCGACUUUCCAGAACGAAUGGGAUGCGAUUAUCCUUGAGGCGUACCAAUUGAAGCAACAGCUUGCGGAGACGAGACAGGAGUUGAGCACUGCGCUAUAUUACAAUGAUGCAGCCCAAAGAGUCAUUGCGCGCUUGCAGAAAGAGCGCGAUGAGGCUCGGGAUGCCUUGUCGAGAGUGUCAGUCAGUGGCAGUGCGAACGGCGCGAAUGGCACGAAUGGAGAUGCGAUGCAGGUCGACAACCAGCCACUGUCUGGAAAUGCUGCAGCCAAGGUGACGGAAACACAAGAGCGUCUUUCGAGCACACGCAAGCAACGCGCUGUGCCACAAGAUUGGGCCACCGGCGAUCACAUUCAAACCUACGAUGUCAAGGCUUCUGCAGAGACCCAAUUCACUGGGGCGAAGCACCUGGCGGCUGACUCCUCCGGCGACUUCUUCUUGACUGGCGAUUCGGAUGGGACCAUGGGCAUCUUCGACCUGGGAGCAGGCUCUUUCACAACGAGAAGCAAUCUUGGCGCUGGCGCUAUUCUCAGUGGUGCUUGGGCGAAUGAUAAGCAGGCUGUGUCGACUGCGAACGGAACGGUCGUGGUGGCUCAGGAUGGUGCUGUAUUGGGCAAAUUCCAGCAACAUGCCGGAGCUGCCAACGCACUUGCUAGUCAUCCAAGCGGCGAUCUCCUGGUCUCUGCUGGCUACGACAAGAGCUAUAUCGUAUACGAUCUGAGCACAAUGCAAGUCAUGACGCAGGUCUAUGGUGAUAUUGAACUCACAAGUAUUGCCUUCCAUCCUGAUGGUCACCUAAUCGCCGCAGGAGGCGCCGAUGGAUCUCUCCGAUUGUACGAUGUGAAGAGCUCGCAGCUGGCACACACUUUCCCGUCACCUUCGGGAGCCAACCCUGUAUCAGCAAUUACCUUCUCCGAAAAUGGAACCUGGCUCGCGUCUGCCAAUUCUGGUCAGACCACAGUGACAGUCUGGGAUUUGCGGAAACUCAAAGCACUGCGCACCAUCGAUGCAGGUCUAGCGGUAACUGGCCUCGCUUGGGACUACACUGGACAAUUCUUGGCUGCAAGUGGCCCUGGCGGAGUUGUCGUCUCACAAUAUACUAAGAGCAGCAAAACAUGGAGCACGCCCCUGACCAAGGCUCUUCAUGCGCUGGACGUGAAGUGGGGUUCCAAAGCACAGAGCCUUGUGGCGCUGACAGACAGUGCCUUGGUCGUUUUGGGGGCAUGAAAGGUCGAUGCAGCAAUCGGUAGGCUGACUAUGCCUACGCUCUCUUGAUUUUGAAGCGCCUACUGAGUUCACAAGGCCCAUCUGGGAGUAAAUGGUUCGAGCUGGAUAGCAGCGCGUGUGUAGCAUAGAAAUCUCGGAUAUAGCAGCUCAAUUCCGAACCCUUGCCAC